UAAAUAAACCUUCCCGAAUUCGGAUCCCUGCGGCCCGUUCAUGGAAGAAGUUGAAGAUGCCACCGCAUCCCAAUCACCACCACAACGCCGCCAACUAUGCACUCGUUGUGACCGUCCACUGCCAGUGUGCCUCUGCCACGCUCUCCCUCCUACCCCACUCCCUACCAAAACUAAAAUCUUGAUCAUCCGCCAUCCUCACGAGUCCAGACACAAGCUCAACACAACCCCACUCAUCUCCAAAACCCUUCUCAACGUCACCACCGUUUCUUCCCGCCGCCUCCUCCGUCAUCACCUCCCAAAAUCCCCACCUGCCAUCUACCUCUUCCCUCCAUCCCCUUCCUCACCCGCCGUGACUCUAUCCCAACUCCAAUCCACUAACCUCCUCGAUUACAAAGCCACUCCUCUUCUCUUGAUUGUUUUCGAUGCCACCUGGAAGCAUGCCAAGGAGAUGGUGAGUGCCAGUGAAGGGGUUUUGAAGGAUCUCGUCCAAAGGGUUUGCUUGGACGGAGUCGAUGAGAAUGGUGGGGGGAGUAUUUAUGACAAUGAGUUGGUUCUAAGGAAAGAACCCUUUGGUGGAUGUGUUAGUACCCUGGAAGCUGUUGCUAGGUGCUUGGGGGUCAUUGAGCCUAAUGGAUAUGAGGUUCAAGGGGUUUUGAUUGGGGUCUGGGAGAUGGUGAGAUUGCAAGCUGGGUUUUUGAAGCCUUCCAAACCUAGGCCCAAGAUGCUGAAGAAGACCAAGCACAAAGAAGACAACCAAAAUAAGCUUGACUAGAAAGUCCCUGCAGAUGGGGGCGGAUAUCUUGUAUGCUUCCGAACUUGGAUAGCAAGCUGUUGCGUUGGAAAAUGUCUUGGAAUAUAUUCCUGUUAUUAACUUGUUCUCUGGUACUUGGUGAACAUUUGGAUGUGGUCUUGAGAAGGCACAAUGAAUCUUACAUUGCCAUGACCUUUCGGAGUCACAGUUAGUAGAUUUUGAUUUCGACUUCUUUUGGCAUACGCCUUGCUCUCUCGAGGUCAUGUUGAGGUAUGGUUUGUUGGCACUACAAGUAUUGUGGUGUUGUGAAGAUUUGUUGAGAACUUCUGAUGAGGGUGGCACCAAUGGGAUGCAACAAGAGUUGAUUGAAUGAGCAUGCUUAACGCUUUCCUUUCAAGAUAUGAUCUUACUGCAUGUUUCCUUUAUGUUAUGUAAUAGCUAAUUUCAUGCGAGUUCUCCUUCACGUUUCAUCCUAGGAUUUGCAAAAUGAGAGAGGAAAAUCAAAUAGAUAAAGAUUGCAGAAUAUCCAGCAGAUUGAAAGUUGAAAAUUUAUGUUACAUCUUUGGUAGGUUUGAGUAG